AUGUGUUUGAGCCCGACGACAGGUAAACAACAGCAACAGAGUGCCGGUGCGCCCGGCGGUGGCGGCGCCCCGGGAAACACGAGCAUAGCUACCGGCGCUGUGGCCAAAAAGCAGAUUACGCCCGAAAUGAAACGAUCUCGCUCACAAGGUACCAGAAAUAAGUUGCAAAAAAUGCAUACCAUUCAGAGUAUGGCCUCCUACGACGAGAUGCCUACGCUAUUCUCGUACAAUCUCGGUGUCAGCACAGGAUCAGAUAAAAUCGACAGCUCUUUCUCACGCUCCCGGAGCUCGAGUAUAUCCAGUCUCGAGAACAUCACCAUUGAGUCCGUGCUAUACAUCGCUUUCGCGGAGACUUAUUGCACGAAAUCAGAUCAAACUACCAGCCCGUGUCUAUGGGUGGGAACGAGUCUGGGCUCCAUAUUAGUGAUAUCAUUGACAUUGCCUGACAGCACCGAUAAUCGCAUACUAUGUCUGCAAACGGUUAUCGCCUCCCCGAGCGGAAGUAUAUACCGACUGAAGGGAUCGAUACUUUGCAUAUCGUUUCUGGACUUCACGGGCGCUUUAGUCUCCCUAAACCCGGACGUCUGGAGGGACGGCGACAGCCGGAUUUUCUACACAACUAAAACACAUAUCUUAUACAAUAAAGGGAAAGGUGUCUGCGAGAUGGGAAUGGGUCUCAAGUGA